AAAACAGACCGAUAUUAGCAUAGGCGACGGAAUGACCAAGAAAGGAAUAUUAUUGAUAUAAUAUAAUCUUAUUGAUAUUCCCAAGUUAAACCUUCACCAUUGUGGGAUUUAGAAUUUGUCCGAAACAUUCCAAUUUUUAAAUGUUUGCUUUUAUGAACUUCUUAAACAUUCACUUAUGUGACGGGAUGCUCCAGCAAGGUUAUGAAUGAACCUAAUUAAUAUUCAUAAGGUCACACUAUAGUAGGAUUCAUCAUUUUGCCAGAAGACCUUAAUUUGGACACUAAAAAGCUGAUGUAUAACACAGACAGAGAUAUUAUGUUACGUGAUUGGAUGUUCCAGGAAGGUUAGUGAAGACCAAAAAUUUCUUAUUUUAAUAUUAUUUAUAUUUAUUGUGAAGUUUUAGUGCAUGAGUUGAAGUUUACUGCAUGAGUUAAAGUCUGCAUGAACAUGUAGGAUCAUAUGACCAGACACAGGGAGAGGAGCUAAUUUUGACCAUACCAGAAAUGUGUAUGUAACAUGUUCCACUGAUGUAUAGGGUGGCUUCUUCUUUCCACCAAUGUAUGUAUGUAUAAAUAUACCAACUGAUGUUAGCAUGAAGUAUACAUUCUAUUUUAAACAAACCAACAUGUUUCUGUACCUUGUAAGGAACUUGGUCAGUGGUAUAUAAGCUAUGGUCACUGUUAAAGCUUUAGAGAAACUGAGAAACUGAGAAACUGAGAAACUGAGAAACUGAGAAACUGAGAAACGGAGAAACAGAGAAAGAACAUACAGCUGGCAAAGACAACAAGUUUCUCUCCUAUGUCAGACAACAAGUUUCUCUCCUAUGCCUGAUACAUAUGUCAAUAAAGAUUUUUGACAAGGCAACUGGUAUUCGGCCCUGUGAUUGAAUUAUAAGGGGACAAGACUGAUUUUGGAUCAACAUUUGGCGUCAACGAACAGGAUAUCCAUUUCAGACAUUUGUCUCAAUUAUCACGAUUCAUCAGGAAUCAGUUCCAUUGACAUUGAUUAGAGAUGGUUGCAAGUUAUUCUCGAUACACAACAUCAAUGGUAUGCUUGUUUUCAAUUUUAUUUGGUGUUUACCAAGGAAGUCAAGCUUUAUGGACUCCUCGGGUUCAAGGAAUAACUCGGAAUGCAACUCUGAAAUCUGGUCAACAUUUUACUCUACCCUUUAUUUCCAAAUGGGGAUUAUGGGAUUGGGUGCCAAGUAAUGAUAAAGAUCUUGCUAAAUAUCGUGAGGGCAUCUAUGGUGGAUGUAACUAUCACCAUGAAUGUUACAAAAGUAGAGUAAUUUGGCCAGUUCAAAAUGGGGAAUAUUCUAAUAGUGGUCAAAGACAAGAAAUUUGUUCAAAAGAACAAUGUGAAAUUGUGGGGUUAGACCUCAUAACUUCUUCUAAUGUGGAAAUGAAUUUCAUAUUGAAUCGUACUCACAUGCUUACAAUAUGGGAUUCGUUGGAUCGAGGGUGUGUUUAUCCCAUAGUGUUGCCAUGUGAGGGGUUCUUAAGAGAUACUGCCUCCAGAACGACAAGAUUCAAGGGAAAUUAUUUAAGAGUAUGGCAUUCAGAAGAUGAGAACAAUUAUUGUGAAACUGAACUAGAAAAUGGGGAAAUUGGACGGUGUUUUUAUCUCUCUGCAGAAAAGACAAACAAAGCUAAAACAUGCCCUAAUACAACUAAUGUGCCAGUUCAUGGUAUCUUGUUAGCAAAAGAAACCAAAACCUUGAUAAAUGAAGCCCACAUGGUGCGACAACGUAUCAAUUAUAAUUUGAUGUCUUUGCGUACUGUUUUUGAUCAGUCCUAUUGUGGAAAUUUUACAAAAAUAAGGAGUUGGUUGGAAAAAGAAGUUAAAUAUUAUACCUCCAAAGAUCCUCUUAGUAGUCAAAAUCGUAAACCUCGAAGUAUAUGGGGAGAUAUUACGGGGGUAUUUGGUUCUGUCAAUUCAAUUAGUAAUACUGCUCAAAUGAGUCAAUUAAGUAAAUAUACUCAGUGGGUGGGAAAAAUGACAGGGAAAGGACUUACUGAAGCUCUUCAGGGUUCUAUACAUAUUAUAGCAGCGGGUCAACAUCUUAAUAAUGCUGCAAAGGAAUUGGCAGACGCAUUAGCAAAAUCAUCUAAUUUUGAGACACACCGUGCAGCGUGUUUAUUUUUAGCUCAAAAUUUAAAGGAUCAAAUGGUGGAAGAUGUUCAAGUUAUUCGGAUGGGUCAAGUUCCUGAACGAAUAGCUGAAUCUUUGUUAUUGGUUUUUGGUAAUCAACUUAAUUUAACUUCUGCCAAACAUAUUCCAUUAGUUAAAAUUGCAAUAGAUGAGAAAUCUUUAACAGGUUCUGGAGUACUACCUUUAAUUAUGGUAUGGCCUCAAUAUGGAAAGCGCAACAUAAUGACAGUUAGAAAAUUCCAGUCAAUGGGAAUUAGACAAGGAAAUUCAGUAAUUAGAUUAGGGAAAAAUGGAUAUUGGGCUGAGGGGAAACCACCGAUGAUUUCUACCAUAGACUGUUGUGUUGAGGAACAUGAGUGGGUAAUUUGUUCAUGUUCUACAAUGUUUAGUCUAUCUCUUAAUGGAUCUGCAGUUUGGGAGGUAGUUCCUUUAGAUCAAGCCACAGGUGCAUGGCAGGUGUCAGAAGCACAGUGGUGUAUAUUACAUGAUGGAAUAAGUAAAAAUAUGAUAUAUGGGGGGAAGUUGUGUCCAAUUCCUCCUGAUCCAUUUUGCAUUGAAAUUCUCUAUCCUCUUCAUUUAGGUGGAAUACAUGUUCCACACGUGCAAUUGCUGCAGGUAGAACCACAGUGGUGGAAUAAUGAUUUAGUGGAGGAAAGGAAUUAUGAACUCUUUGAAAUGGUUAAGAUAGUCAAAAAGAGUGUUAAAGCAGCUCAAGAGGAAGGAAUUCAAGCAAUGGGACAUAUUGUCGUAGCAAAGGGAGUAGCUAAAUUAUUGUCUGAAAGGAAAUUAACACAAACUCCAGGGAAUUUAUCAUGGUCAGACUGGAUAGUUCUUACUAUGGUAGGAGUUCUUGUGUUUAUGUUAAUAAUACACAUCAUCAUAUGUGUUACUAGAAGGAGAGGUAUUAAACCUACCAAACUAGUUAUUUCUAACCAUAUGGAUAAAGCAGAGAAUGGGAAAUAUAGAGUAAGAUAAGAUAUUUCAUACAUUGCACACUUAUGAACACAACCUCACAAACAAUCAACACCUGCUUACUGAUUUUCAACCCCAAGGGAUAGGAUUCUUUAACAUCAACAUUUAUGUUAGUUUGUUAUUUUGGCCAGGAACUGGAGGAGUUCAGGUACCGGACGAGUCCAGGCACUGGUGAAGAUUUAUUAAUUUUUCCUUUCCUUUAGAUAACUGGGGUUCAUUUUAAAUACAUACACAUAGACGUAAUUACACACAUAGUAUGCGGGAACAUAUCAUGGGUUGGGGUUAUUUUGUUUGUUUUGUUCUAUUCCUGAUUCCUUAUGUUUCUAUUCUUCUGUCCUUUGUGUGUGUUUUGUUCUUUGGUUUGCUUUUUCUCUCCUUACUAUCACUCCAUUAGGUGGCAAUGAUGGUGUGAAACUGACGGCCGUAGUUUCAGAAUGGGGGAGAUGAAGACCAAAAAUUUCUUAUUUUAAUAUUAUUUAUAUUUAUUGUGAAGUUUUAGUGCAUGAGUUGAAGUUUACUGCAUGAGUUAAAGUCUGCAUGAACAUGUAGGAUCAUAUGACCAGACACAGGGA